AUGGCCGGAUGCACGACUGCUUUCGCCAACUUCUUCAGCUCCGUCCUCCCUAACCGUCCUGCCAGGCGUGCGGCCGAAAAGGACGUCAGGAAGAACAAGGUCGGGAUGACCGUCCACUCCUUGAGAAAACCCAACGUUCGCUACCAACGCGCUCCUGCUGCUGGCACGAAGCCUAUCAUCACCACUGACGAGGAGAAAGAUUUGAAACUCGAGACCGGGGUAGCUAAGGCUAUCAACGAGAACGAGAAGCACAAGGACGUUUGUGACGAGACGUCUUUUAUCUGUAAGGAGACCGAGGAGCACUCCACCACCGCUGACUCCCCGGUCACCACGGUCGACGAGACGAAAGUCAAGUGCCCCGCCAUCCACUAUGGCUUGACCGAUGAGGGGAAAAUUUACUGGGUCGAAUACUUUACCAAGAUGGCUGCCCCUUCCGCGCUCAAGGCCAACCCCGAAGCGCUCGAGCCGGAUGUAGCAUCUCUUUCGGCUCGCGCCCCCAUCCCCGCGGCUACCGCGCAAGAGGCUCCCAAGUGCACCCCACUUGAGACCAAGGUUACGAUCGCAGCUGAAGUUGACAACUCUACCGAGAAGGAGAGAGCUUCUCCCUGUGAUGUGAAGGAGAUUGAGCACGAGGUGGAGAAGAACGACAUUAACGUGGAGGUGUUUAGCGUCCGCAGCAACGAUGAGGGUAAGAACGAUAAGACCGAUGUGGAGAGAAUUGCGAUGAUGUACGAACAGAUCAGCGCCAGCGCCCAUAUUAUGGAGAAAAGGCAAAUAAUCCUCGUCACCCCUCAUGCGCUCGAGGCCCCCAUCCUCACCUUGACAGCGCCUGACGAUGAGGCUCCUCCGCUAUCCCCCGUCAUGGUCACCACGGCCGAGCAAGCCAUGUGCCGGGCAAAGUACAGGCUGUUUCUUGGUUGCGAGUUUCAGUUCAAGAGGAACUUGGACAAAGGGUGUAUGGAGUAUGACAAGCUCAAGGGCAGGGGUAAAAUCUCCCAUGAUGAGUGCAAGUCGCUUAAGGUCAGAUUGGCGCGCCGGGUAUGUUGGAGAGGAAAGAACGAGAAAGGAGAGGAUGUGAUCGUUCUGAGUGACAAAUCGCACAAGAAUGGGACUCGAGAACUUGUUGUUACUAGGGCCAGGAAAUGA